GUUAAAACAGGAGGGACAUCAGUGUAGCAGUAUCACCGUUCUCUGACUAACUAACACAACCACCAUGACCAUGGGCAAGAUCAUCUUCUACGAGGAGAGGAACUUCCAGGGCCGCUCCUAUGAGUGCAUGAGCGACUGCUCCGACAUGACCUCCUACCUGAGCAGGUGUCACUCCUGCAGGGUGGAGAGCGGCUGCUUCAUGGUCUACGACCGCCCCAACUUCAUGGGCAACCAGUACUUCAUGAAGAGGGGCGAGUACGCCGACUCCAUGAGCAUGAUGGGAAUGAGAGACUGCAUCAAGUCUUGCCGUAUGAUCCCCAUGCACAGAGGAACCUACAGGAUGAAGAUCUUCGAGAGGGAGAACUUCAGCGGUCAGAGUCACGAGCUGAUGGACGACUGCGACAACAUCAUGGAGCGCUACCGCAUGUCCGACUGCAUGUCCUGCCAGGUGAUGGACGGCCACUGGCUGAUGUACGAGCAGCCCAACUACAGAGGCAAGAUGAUGUACCUGAGGCCCGGGGAGUACCGCAGCUUCAGGGAGAUGGGCAUGAGCGGCACCAGGUUCAUGAGCAUGAGGCGCAUCAUGGACAUGUAAAAAAACAAAAACUGUUGUAUAGAAUGUGUCUAAAUGAGCCAAAAUAAUAAAGAAGUCUUUUAGAAAACAUA